GAGAUACAGAAGCAUGUGUCGUUUUACGCGCUACGUCGUUGAACGCGUCCAGAUUUCUCGGCUCAAUUAGGGUUAUGUAUGACACGUGGUACAAGGUACACUGUCUACCUCCAACUACUUUGUGCAACACUUCAUGAAUCGACGACAUGGGAUGGAGAGCAAGCUCGGGGUUGGCGGUGGAACAGUUAGCAUAGAAGCGCAGAACAAUCUCGAUAGAGCCGAAGAUUUAUGCCGCAGGAGGAAACCAGCGAAAGCUUUGCCCUUUCUUCUUAAGGCUAUGGAGGAUGGAAACAAUUUAGAUGCUUUCGUUCAGGCUGCUUUCCUUUUCCCUCUGCCGGAAGCGCUGAAGGCAUUGGAGAAUGCGGAGGCCAAGGGUGAGUCUGCUCAUGGAACUGUUAGCUUUGAAAACAACCAAUUAUUCUGGACAGGUAGAGAAGGCAUGAAACAGCGUUUGGGUGAAACCUGUUUCGAUGAUGGCAGCAAGGAAGUUGGGAAAUUCUAUAGCAUACUCGAAACGCGGCCAUAUAUGCGCGUCCUACAGGCUCAAGUCCGACUUUACUUUGAAGCCGGCCUGUUUGGUAAAUCUUCGGACACCAUGAUUGAGAUGCUGCGUCUGUGCCCGGGAGACAACAUGUCACAACGAACAUGGCUUGGAUCUAUGCUCUUAUCUGCAGGCCGACCAGGUGAUGCCUUGUCAUUCGUAAAACAGUGGUUAGCCCAUAAUCGACGACAGACACCUCCACGAGGUGGAACCAUAUUUCAAACACCUACCUCAGAUUGCCUAUCAUCCGAGCACGAACAAGCGCUGCGGAAACGUGGCGAUGGAUCGAUGCUGCACACAGCAGCUUUAGCCUGCUUCAGGUUGUGGGGCGACUGCUCCGUCGCUCGACAAUAUCUUCGGUUGGCUGCUCAUGCCAAUCCAACUAUUCUGACCAAAAUUCUAGCAAAAAUAGACAAGCCUCGCAGCCUUAACAACAACCCUCGUGGAUUCAAUAGUCCCGAAGAGGCUCAGGAUUAUCUUUGGCUGACCCAGAAGCUGUGGAUGGAUCCAGUGGUAUGGGAAUGGGCAAACAAUGAUGUGGAUGCCAAGAAAGCACUACUGAAAAGUUGUUCGAAUGUUAACUGCGGUGCUGUCGAACAGAAUGUUACGCAGUUCAAGCGAUGUGCCGCAUGCAAAGAAGUGGUUUAUUGUACCCAGGAAUGUCAGAAGAGCCAUUGGAAAGCCCAUAAGCCCACAUGCAAGCAGCAAAAACAACUUAAAGACAUGGUUCGUGCUUACCAAAAAGGCAAGCCGAUCCCGGAUGGUGCACAUAUGGCCUCCGCAGAUUUUGCUAAUGGCAUGUCCUUCAUUAACUGGGCCUAGCCAUAGUUGCUGGAAAAUGCAAGGUUUUGCAUGUCUCACUAGAUUUCAGCUGUAUGUUAUCGAUUACACGGUACAUCGGACUUUA